AUGAUCAUCCCUCCUCCGUCCCCUCACCCGCGACAUACGACCUCGUCGCUCGAGAUGGUCCAAGUCCGCCUGCUUGCCUCGACCGAGCUCCCAACCAGCACGACCGACGAGGCGCUCGCUCGUCGUGCCGAUGCGUGGUGCGAGUCUCACGGUGUCGAGCCUCAUCCUGUCAAGACGCUCGUCUCGUCCGACGAGACGCCCACCAAUAGAUUUUAUGCUGGAACAGAGCGUAGUGCUAAGGCUGUUGAAGCCGUGAGGCGUAGCGCCCAGACGGCGUCCCGGCUGGAGCAGAAGGUGGAGGCUUUGGAGGCCGAAAUCAAGGAGAUGAAGACGCAAAGGAUGUUAGAACAGAAGGUUGCAAAGGAUCGUCGUAGCGCAAUCGUUCUUGUCGCCGCCGUCCAGGACGCGAACACCGCUUUCAAGUGCGGUGGUCGCGUGGUUCCUGCGCAAAUGGAUGCCCUCUUUAGCGCCAGCAAGGAUGUCAACACCAAGCUCGGCCAAGCUCUGGCAACUCUCGGCCCGGAAGUUCGAUCCGCCUUCGCCACCAACCCCUCCUGGACAACGCAGGUCGACGUCCACAACGAUGACGCUCAUCCAGUGUGGGCCAAGCUCCUUCUCGAGCUGUUGGAGCUCGAAGACAAGGCCGUCCCCCUCACGCGUGAGGCCGUUACAUUCGUUCUGCUCGCCACUCGUCAGCGCCAGAUUGAUGGCAUCGAGGUCGUUGGCGUUGACGAGAUUCUCGAGGACGUGGUGAUUCUGAACAAGUUGUUCCCAACGAAGCGACAGAUGGAAUGGAUGAAGCAGCUCAACCUUGGCGUGUGA